AUGCGCGACUACGCGGUCAAAGUCGACGCGGGCGACUACGAGCGCCGCCUCGAUAUUUUCGCCGAGAAGCUGCGCUCCAUCGAGGCGCACGACUCCAGCGACUUCAGGCUGGGGCUGAAUCGCUUCUCGCACCUCACGGAGGACGAGUUCGCGUCGAUGUACAGGCGCCCCAUGAGCCGCGUGCCAGCGCCGCCGGUCGACGCGGUGGCACCCGAGACAUCGGCCUCGGUCGACUGGGUCGCCGAGGGCGUCGUGACGCGCGUCUACGAGCAGGGCGCCUGCGCGGCGUGCUGGACGUUCGCGGCGAGCGGCGCCCUCGAGGGCGCCUUCGCGCUCGCGACGGGCCGCAAAGGCGCGAACCUGACGGCGUUCUCGCAGCAGCAGAUCGUCGAGUGCGACAACAUCACGUGGCACGGCAAGCGCGUCGACAACGGCUGCCACGGCACGUGGUACGGCAUGGACUCGGCCUACGCGUACAUCGAAACCAACGGCGGCCUCUGCACGGAGGCGGCGUACCCCUACGUCGGCGCGAAUUCGACGGACUGGACGACCUGCCACGCCUCCGAAAACGGCUGCGCGAUCGUGUCCGGGUCGGCGCCCGCGAACCACACGGACGUCGCGCCGGCGAGCGAAGCCGCGCUCGCCGCCGCCGUCGCGAAGCAGCCCGUCUCCGUCGUCGUCGACGCGAGCUGCCAAGGUUUCAUGUCCUACGCGGGCGGCGUCUGGACGAAGGACUGCGGCACAAAGCUCGACCACGCGGUCCUCGUCGUCGGCUACGGCUUCGACGCGCCGUCCAACACGUCCUACUGGAAGGUCAAGAACUCCUGGGGCGCGGCCUGGGGCGAGGCCGGCUACGUGCGCCUCGCGCGGGGCCUCGCGGGCACGGGCGGCCACGGCAUCAUGGACAUCGCGAGCACGGCGUCCUACCCGACCUUCGCGUAA